AUGAACAUUUACUCGUUGCAUUUCCAUUUGCAUUUCCUUUUAUUUUUAUUUUUAUUUUUGUGUAAUGGUAGUGUAUUUGCUAUCCAGAUAUGGAAACGGUUAGAAUGGAAGGGAUGGAAUGUGUUAGGAAUAAUAAAAAAUAAAAAUAAUGAUGAAAUAUUAUGGUCACAAUUAAAAAGAAAAUAUAAGAACAAUAAAAAUAAUAUUAAUAGUAUUUGUAAUAUUAUUUGUAGUGAUAAUAUUAUUAUGAUAAAAGGAAAUGGUCCACAUUCUUGUUGUAGAUAUAAAGAUAAAUAUCAUUUCCUUUUACAAAAUAAUAAGAAGGAACAUAAUAAUUAUAAAAAAAAAUUAAAAAUAUCAGAUAGAUUAAAAAUAUCAGAUAGUUUAAAAAUAUCAAAUAGUUUAAAAAUAUCAAAUAGUUUAAAAAUAUCAAAUAGUUUAAAAAUAUCAGAUAGAUUUAAAGGGUUGUGUAGAUUAAAAAGCUUAAAUAACGAACAGGGUUUUUCAAAUACAUAUCAUAAUGAUGUGAAAAAAAAUACAUUAGAUUAUUCUGAAGAGAAAUUACCAUCAUAUCAUAGAUAUAUAGAUAAUUUAAAAACUAGGAAAAUUAUUCAUCCAAGUAUAAGAAUUAGAGAAUUAGAUAAGAAAUUUAUGAAAUGUAAAGAAAGUUAUAAUAAAUUAUAUUCUCACUUGAAAGAAAGUGAUCUCUUUGAAAAUUUUUCAUAUGUUGGUAGACAAAGAAAAGGAAUAUUAUCACCUACAUAUCGUUUACCAAAAUUUAUUGAAAGACCGAAUUAUCAUAGAACAGGUACUCCAAUAUAUGUUCCAUAUGAUAAUAAUAAUAAAAAUAAAAAUAAUAAUAAAAAAAAUAAUAAUAAUAAUAAUAAUAAUAAUGAUUAUUAUAAUAACAUAAAGAGUGAUAAAGAUAUCGAAAUUAUAAAACAAAAUUGUAGAUUUGCCAGAGAAUUAAUGGAUGAUAUAUCUUAUAUUAUAUGUGAAGGUAUUACUACAAAUGAUAUAGAUAUAUAUAUUUUAAACAAAUGUUUAAACAAUGGUUUUUAUCCUUCUCCUUUAAAUUAUCAUCACUUUCCUAAAUGUUCUUGUAUAUCUCUUAAUGAAAUUUUAUGUCAUGGAAUACCAGAUAAUAAUUUAUUAUAUUCAAAUGAUAUCAUAAAAAUAGAUAUUAGUUUAUUUAGAAAUGGAUAUCAUGCUGAUAUGUGUGAAAGUUUUAUAGUUCCUAAAUUAAGUAAAACUGAAAAAAAAAAAAGAAAAAAAUUUUAUGAUUUUAUUUAUUUAAAUAAUGCAUUUAAAACAAAAUACACAAAAUAUAUUUUAAAAUAUCAUUAUGAUUUAACAAAAAAUAAAAUUGUCAGAAAAGGGAAAUCAUUUGUUACAAAAAAAAUCAAAUAUGCAGCUCCAAACUCAAAAGAUCAAAACAAUCAAGACUACACAGAUUUUGAUGACAACACAACUGAUCUUAAUAUAUCUAAAAAAAAUUAUGUUACUGAUGAUAUGUAUAUAAAUAAUGUAGCAACACAUAUACAUAAUAAAAAUAAUUUAGAUACUAUCAAUAAUAUGAACAAUUCUUAUACAAAUAAUCAAACUGAUAAUUAUAAAAAUCCAUUUAAUAUAUUAAAUAAUAAUAUUCAACAAGAAGAAGAUGAACUAGAAUAUUUCCAUAAAUAUUAUGAUCAGAAAAUCAUUUUCAAUGAAGAAAAAAAUGAAAUUUAUCAAGAUAUACAAAAUUUUAUAUAUCAAAAAAGUUUAAAUAAAAAAGUAGCAGGGAAAAAAAGGUUUGAUUUUUUUGAUAACACAAAAAUGAAUACAAAUGAUAUCAAAAAUUUUAUGUAUCAAAAAAAUCUAGAUUUAAUAAAAACAGCAUAUGAAUGUACUAUGGCAGGAAUAAGUGUAUGUAAAGAUGGAGUACCUUUUAAAAGAAUUGCAGAAGCUAUGGAUAUUUAUUUAAAAGAUGUAAAUAAAAAAAAAAAUAAAACAUAUUCUAUAGUUCCACAUCUAUGUGGUCAUAAUAUAGGAAAAAAUUUCCAUGAAGAACCUUUUAUUAUACAUACAUUAAAUAAUGAUGAAAGAAAAAUGUCUUCAAAUAUGGUAUUUACAAUAGAACCCAUCAUAUCUGAAGCUUCUACAGAUUUUAUUCUAUGGCCAGAUAAUUGGACUAUCUCAAAUACUAAAUAUCAUUUUUCUGCUCAAUUCGAGCAUACAAUUUUAAUACUAAAAAAUGGAGUACAUAUUUUAACGGACAAAAAUGAUACAUCUCCAAAAUAUUUGUGGCAAGAAAUUGAUUGA